CCCGACGAUACUCCUCACCAAUACACUCACUUAGCAAAUCUAGCUAUCUCAUCAUCUCCGGCUUAGCUCACCACCACUACUAUUGCUAGCUUGUGAUCGAAAUGGCUCGCGCUGCAGCUACUCAGCUCGUGCUGGUCGCCAUGGUGGCCGCUAUGCUCCUCGUAGCCACCGACGCGGCCAUCUCCUGCGGUCAGGUGAGCUCUGCCUUGAGCCCUUGCAUCUCCUAUGCCCGCGGCAACGGCGCCAAACCGCCUGUGGCCUGCUGCAGCGGCGUCAAGAGACUGGCCGGCGCAGCCCAGAGCACCGCUGACAAGCAAGCGGCGUGCAAGUGCAUCAAGAGCGCUGCGGGUGGGCUAAACGCUGGCAAGGCCGCCGGAAUCCCCUCCAUGUGCGGCGUCAGCGUCCCCUACGCCAUCAGCGCUUCCGUCGACUGCUCUAAGAUUCGCUGAUCGACCACUUGCUGUCAUCCUUGCUGCCUAUAGCUCCAGCUAUCGAUCCUGAGACACUGAGUACGUUGAGGUUAUUUACACAACACACACACACAUAUAUAUGAAUAAAUGCUCUCAUAUAUUAUCUCCAUGUGGGAGAGAAAGAGAGAGAGAGAAGUACGUACGUUGAGCCAGCUCUGCAUGGCCGGCACACUGUUGUAUCGAUGUUAUAAUUAAUAUUUACUUCCUUUGAGAGGAAUCGUGAGUUUGUUGUACUUUGUACCAUGUGCACUUUUGAUAUAUGUAUCAUAUACUCAGCUA